AUGUCCUGGAGCGAUUUUGCGACGCGUUGUCUGAUCUGUCUGUUUGUAAUUUCACUGAAAAGUGGGACUUAUGCUAUACCUACGGAUAUAUCUGACAAUACGGGUGUCACUACCGCCACUGAUAGCCUGCCCUACUUUUAUUCUGGCAGCAAUCACAGUUCUCUCAUCAGAGGUGUACACAAUGUCUCCAAACCCGCCUACACGCGGUGUAUCGGCAGUGUUAGGGGCAUUCUUCGGGUGGCUGGUCUACAUCUGGGCCAGCGAUAUGAAGCGAUCGCCGAGUGUCCCCCUGGGACGCCUGAUGAUCUAGCCAAUAAGUGCCGCACCGAUCAGAUCGACUUCCAAUCGAACGAAGAGAAGGAGACCAAACUCAUUGAACUUGAAUCUAACCUGAUGGAACAGUUGCAGCACUUCGACAAACCGCGUUUUAUUCGGCACCAGAAGCUGGCCAUUCAAAAGGUCUCACCGGUGGUUCAUACACCCACCGGAAGGCUAUUCGCCAACAUCUUCUGUGCCCGGUGCCACAUGCCCAACAUCAGCGACGCACAGCAGCUAAGGGAAGAAUUUGCGCCCACGAGUAAACGCCUGCUCUGUGACCGGGAUGGAGAUAAAAUCAGAUGCUUCGUGUACGCUGAAGUCGAGAAGACAGCACGUCGUUGCGAGGGCGACGUACUCGCUGUUCCUCCAGACUGCGCCGACCCCUGCCGGGCAAAAUGCUGA